CUGUCAUCUCUACUCCAGCUGCUGGUUGUGUGUAUCCUGAUUCCACAACCGUCCAAUACUCCUUGGAGCGCAGGAGAUUUUCCAUGACCAUGCUCCAGUGUUCAUAAUCCCCAUCAAAUUUGGGAAUUGCAGGCGCAGAGUAACCACCGUUGCCAUUGCCUUCUCCACUCAUUCUCUCUUUUCUUUCUCUCUCAAUUUGAAGUAAGCUCUGAUACCAGAUUGUAAAUCUCAAGACGUUACUUCUGGAAAACUGACUUGUGUUCAUUAAAGAGAAAUACAAUGGCUAUAUAGUCUUACAGGAAACAGAGCGUGAAACAGAAUGAACCAACUACUCCUAAGAAAUAGCAAGCGUGAUCCAAACACGAUGACCACGUUUGACUGAAACAGAAACAACAAACUUCCUAAAGAAUAGGACAAGACAACAACUUAAAACCCCAACAAAUAAUUUAUAGUUUUUCUAUAGAGGAGAUCAAACACAACCCAAUGUAAGUAGAGAUAGAGAGUAGAGCAGUUGAAUCAAAAGCAGAGAAGCACCAAAGAUCAAGUCUUCUUUUCAGAAUGAGAUUGUCGUUGAGACAGUGGGUUGCGAGUGUGCUCGUGCUUACACAGCUUGUACAUGGAGCUCUAUGUUGGGGGAAGGAUGGUCAUUACACUGUCUGCAAAAUAGCCGAGGGAUACUUUGAGGAAGAAACUAUAGCUGCAGUAAAGAAACUUCUCCCUGAAUCUUCUCAAGGAGGAGGAGAUCUAGCAUCUUUUUGCUCAUGGCCUGAUGAGAUUAAACACCUCUCGCAAUGGCAAUGGACUAGCUCUUUGCACUAUGUUAACACACCUGAAUACAGAUGCAACUACCAAUACUGUCGGGACUGCCACGACAGUCAUAUGCAAAAGGACUGGUGUGUGACAGGAGCAAUCUUCAAUUACACAAGGCAACUUAUGUCUGCUUCUGUAAACUCAGAGAGUUUAGUCCAUUAUAACUUGACAGAGGCUCUCAUGUUCUUAUCACACUAUAUGGGAGAUGUCCAUCAGCCAUUGCAUACUGGUUUCCGUGAAGAUCAAGGUGGAAACACAAUAAUAGUCCACUGGUACAAUAGCAAAACGAAUUUACACAAUGUAUGGGAUGACUUGAUUAUUGAAUCUGCUCUCAAACAAUAUUACAAUUCAAGUCUUCCAGUCAUGAUUCAAGCCCUUCAAGCCAAACUCAUGAAUGGCUGGUCAAAUGAUGUUCCAUCGUGGAAGUCCUGCCAAUUUAACCAAACAGCAUGUCCAAAUCAGUAUGCAUCUGAAAGCAUAGAUCUUGCCUGCAAGUAUGCUUAUAGGAAUGCCACCCCAGGAACUACUAUAGGAGAUGAGUAUUUUCUCUCUCGGUUACCCAUUGUUGAGAAAAGACUUGCGCAAGGCGGGAUUCGCCUGGCGGCAAUUAUUAACCGUAUCUUUUCUGCAAAAACAAAGCUGGCCGGAGCAUGAAGCUAAGAUAAAAGUUUCCUGGAAAACCACACGUUUUCGUUGUGUGUCCACCCAACUUACAACACUCUUUUUUUUUUCCAACCUUCAAGCCCUACACCAAGUUUAUAGAGAUGCAAUCUUUUUUCAACUUUAAGCAUGAAACCAAAGUGUUUGGCCUAGUGCUAGUAGUACAAGAUGGUUGGUUCUUUUAAUUAUUCCCCGAGUACAAACUAUCUUUGAUACGGGAAUUCUUUAAAUUGGAAUAUUUAAACUUGAACUA